AUGCUCGAUCGCAAGACUAUCAAUCCAAAUGUCCUCAAUGCGUCUUAUGCAGUGCGUGGCGAGCUGGCCAUCAAGGCAGAGUCGUUGCGUAACGAUCUCAAGGAGGGCAAGAAGUACCCCUUCGACAGCGUUAUCCACGCCAAUAUCGGCAACCCGCAGCAAUUAGACCAGAAGCCGCUGACCUUCUUCAGGCAGGUCGUUUCGCUGUGUGAAUAUCCUGCGCUCUUGGAUGAGAGCAAUAGCGAGGCCAUCUCCAAGCUUUAUGCGCCAGACGCUAUUGAACGCGCCAAGACGCUCCUCUCUGAGAUUGGCUCAGUUGGAGCGUAUUCACAAUCUACAGGCGUACCCUACAUCCGGCAACAUGUGGCCGACUACAUCACUCGUCGCGACGGAGACAAAGUCCCAAAAGCCUCUGUCGACGACAUCUUUCUGGUUGCAGGCGCUAGUGCUGGUGUCCAUCUCUUGAUGCAACUGAUGAUUGCCAGCAAUGAUGUCGGCAUUAUGAUCCCUAUUCCUCAAUAUCCUCUCUACACCGCCGCGCUGGCACUCUAUAACGGCACACCUGUGCCGUAUUACCUUGAUGAAGAGUCUGGCUGGUCAACGAACAUUGACAGCGUCAAGAGCGCAUACGAUGAUGCAAGGAAGAAUGGCAAGGAGCCUCGUGCUAUCGUCGUUAUCAACCCUGGUAAUCCCACGGGUGGCUCGCUAGAGGAGAAGGACAUCAAGGCUGUCCUUCAAUUUUGCAAAGAAAAGAAUAUCGUGUGCAUGGCCGAUGAAGUCUACCAGGCUAAUGUCUUCCCCGACUCACCGCCUUUUGUUUCAUUCCGCAAGGUGUUACUGAGCAACAAGGACUUGGAAGGCGUACAGCUUGCUUCCCUACACUCCACCAGCAAAGGCAUGGUUGGUGAGUGCGGUCAACGCGGUGGCUAUCUUGAGCUUCUCAAUUUUGGCAAAGAGGCACGCGAGGAGCUCUACAAGGUGCAAUCCAUCAAUUUAUGUGCUCCGCUGGUCGGUCAAAUUGUAGUGGACUGUAUGGUCAACCCGCCGAUCAAAGGAGAGCCAUCGUACGAGCAAUUCAAGAAGGAGGAGGAUGGCAUCUUCAGCACACUGCAAACACGCGCAAUGAAGCUCUACGAGACAUUCCAGAAGCUCGAAGGAUUCGAAUGUCAGCGGCCUCAAGGCGCAAUGUACCUCUUUCCCCAGUUGAAAUUGCCUCAAAAGGCAAUCGACGCUGCCAAGGAGAAGGGCAAGUCGCCAGAUGCGUUCUACUGCAUGGCCUUGCUCGAGCAAACAGGUAUCUGCGUCGUGCCCGGUUCUGGUUUUGGUCAAAAGGAAGGCACCGUUCACUUCCGCACCACCUUUUUGGCGCCGGGUGACUUUGGUGAGCGCAUGGAGAAGUUUCACCAGGAAUUUAUGAAAAAGUACACUUAG